ACGCUAUAAUUUGUUAGCCCAUUAAACUAGGCCCCACUCCCAACUGCUCGACCAAAGCACCAGGUCUGCCAGGCUUCAUUCAUGUGCACCACCCACACUCGACUGCUCCGUUCCCAAAUGCUUAUAUAACAUUUCAGCCCUGUGAGAAUCUUAGCUUGGCUAUAGAACAUACCGGCUCCAAUGUAUCACGAGAACGGUCCCUAGAGAUCGGAAUUGCUCGAGAGCAAGAAAUACCCCCAAGAGAAAUCGUUGUCGUCAUGGACGGCGCUUCUAAUUUUACUCCCGACUCCAAAACGGAGUCGGUAUCACCGGGUCAAGCAGAACCCAAGACCAAGUACAAAUUGUCUUGUUCAUUAUGCCGUUCAAGGAAGAUAAAAUGCGACCGGGUUCAUCCGUGCUCGCACUGCAUCAGGUCUGGGGCCGAAUGUGUAUUUCCGUCGCGGAAGCGUAUGCAACGGCCUCGUAAGACCAAGAACUCAGAGCUACUCAAUCGUAUAAGCCGGCUUGAAACGAUAGUGGGCAAUGUCAACGUUGCAACUCUGAAGGAGAUGGACUUGUCUGACAUUCAAGGAUUAUCUGAGCUCAAGGCACAGGUAGUGGCAAAUGAAAAGCCAUCAUCGAAGCCGUUAGCUUCGGAGGGCCACACCGUGGCCACAGAAGUGCCGCACAAAACACAAUCGGCGGGCUCUCAAGCAUCAAAGGAAGACAUAAACCCGUCUCGUUAUAUUGGUAGCGAUUUUUGGGUUAACCUUGUUGGGGAAGUGGAAGGGCUGAAACAGGCGUUGGCACAGUCAACGGAUUCUGAUACAGAAGACGAAUCUACUUCUGCCAGUCCAGAGACUACGGCAGCUUCGAGACAGCAGAGCUUCGCUACACAGGGAUUACUUGCGGGUUACCCAUCGCCAGAUUCCGCUGCGGUCCUCUUCCAUCCACCAGACCACCAAGUACAAUUUUUGCUAGAGACCUUCUUUGACAAGGUCGAUCCAAUUAUCAAGAUUUUGCAUCGACCAACUAUCCUAAAGAUGGUAUCGGCAGGCACGUCGCAUCUUACUAUAGAACAGGAAGCCCUGCAGUUCUCUAUAUACUUUGCAGCCGUGACUAGUCUAACUCCUCAAGAGUGCCUUUCUCAUAUGGGACAAGAUCAAAUGACGCUCUUCAAGUCAUACCAGCUCGACGUUGAGAGAGCAUUGGCUGCAGCAGACUACCUCAAUAAUAGCGAGAUGGAGUGCAUUCAAGCAUUUCUACUCUACGUAGCAUGCCUGCGCGUUCACAACGAGUCUCGCGCUUCAUGGGUGCUUACUGCAAUGCUUCUACGUUUGGCGCAAGCAUUUGAUAUCUGGCAUGACGGUGAUGGAUCUCGUUAUACAGUAUACCAGGCAGAAUUGCGGCGGCGCCUGUGGUGGCAAGUCGUGGUACUCGACAUCAGGGCCUCUGAGGAUCGCGGAACGGAGGCGAUGAUUGAUCCCGACUGCUACAACACACGACUACCACUCAAUAUCAACGAUGAAGACUUUGGGCCUGAAACCACUGUGGCUCCUCCAGAGAGAACAGGUCCCAGCGAUGUCACAUUCUCUCUGUGCACCGCGCAGUCGUCGUCCAUUUUCCUCUGGGUUGGUCACGCUCAGUCGCGCUUCGCUUCCUCGAGGUCCGCCUCCCAACAAUCCGAAGACGAGAUCAUCGCAAAGGCACAAGAUUUGGAGCAGAAGUUUAUAACCAAUCACGAUCCAACGCAUUUCCAGGCUGCACUAGCCGCCGCGCUCGUCCGCAUGAUCAACCUGAAAUUGUGGCUGAUCAUGCAAUACCCGCUCCAUACUUAUACACACUCGAGCUCGGGGCCGAACCGGACCGCUGUUCCGCGUUGGUCCAAGGUAAGCCGCGAGGCUAUCUUGCAGACGGCCGUCAGCGUCAUGGAGCUCCACGAACACAAACACAACACCUCAAAAGAGGCCGAGAGGUUCCGCUGGUGGGGCGUCACGUAUGUCCAAUGGCACCCGCUCGCGGUCGCCCUGGCGGAGCUCUGUGCCCAGACGAGAGGGCCAUUGGUCGCGCGGGCGUGGAAAGUAGUUCAAACCGUAUACCCAAAAUGGGCGCUUGUGGUCGCGGACAGCAAGAGAGGUGCGCUGUGGCGGCCGAUCCGGAAACUCUACAAGAAGGCAAAAGGAGCUCGAGCAGCAUCACUGAGCGAGGACAAGGUAUCAAAAGAUCAAGCCGAGGCGUUUCAAAGAUUGGAGUUGCUCGCCGGAGGUGGAGUCGGAGUUCCUCAGCCCCCAGGUGGCGGCAUGAGUUCAGGUAAUUCCCUGCCGACGAGCCAGGAGCAGCAACGGCGGUCAUUGCACGGCAUUGAACUCGAUAUGCUUCCAACUGGAAUGGAUCUGAGUACUGGGCUGGAUUUCGGCGCGUCCUUAAUUUCGUCUUUAGAUACGAGAGGAGGGCCGAUGCCCAUGGAUUUUGAGAUCACGGAUAUGACGCCUUCCGGUUUCUAUGCUGAUCCUUUGACAGGAUGGCCGCCCAAUAUCAAUUUCGACAUGCCACCGGACGGCAUGGUGGACCCCAUGAACUGGACGGUCUGGAACGAGUUCAUUGAUGACACACAGGCGGAUGCAGGAUCGAGGACUGGAUCGAGUGAGGACGAAUACACCAAGAUCUAGCAAUUCACUGGUGCUCACAACGCUGAUA